GGCGUGGUGAGCGUGGAUGAAUGCAAGCGUGCACGAAUACUGGAGAAGGCUACGAAUAGUGGACAGCGAUACAGCUCACCGACUCUCUCCUCUGCUGAAAACGAAAGAGGCAUGCAUUGAAUGGGGUUCCAAUAUGCCAGGGGAGACCUAUUUUAGAAUCAAGAAACCAACCAGCUGAAAUACAAGGAAACGCCCAAACCGAAGAUGACGGAGGGGAGACUCUGCCAGGUUCAUCUCCUUGACGACAGGAAACUCGAGCUGCUGGUUCAGCCCAAGCUGUUGUCCCGUGAACUGCUAGACCUGGUGUCCUCCCAUUUUAACCUCAAAGAGAAGGAAUACUUCGGACUAACGUUUGCUGAUGACAGUGGUCAGUGUAAAUACUUGCAGUUGGACCGGAGAGUUCUGGAACAUGACUUCUCUAAGAAGGCUACUGGGCCUAUCGCCCUCAACUUCCUGGUCAGGUUUUACAUCGAGAGUAUAACACUGCUGAAAGACAACACGACGGUGGAAUUAUUCUUCCUGAAUGCAAAAGCUGCCGUCUACAAUGGGGAUAUAGAGGUGGAAAGUGAGAAUGUCUUCAAAUUAGCAGCAAACGCCUUGCAGGAAGCAAAGGGGGAUUUCUCAAGUGAUGAAACCACCAGAACGGAACUGAAGAAGCUUCCAACUCUUCCCAACAAGGUGCUAAAGGAGCACCCAUCACUUACAUACUGUGAGGAUCGAGUGAUAGAGCAUUACAAACAGCUGAAAGGAGUCUCCAGAGGACAGGCCAUAGUGAAGUAUUUGACCCUAGUGGAAUCCCUACCCACCUAUGGUGUCCAUUAUUAUGAAGUAAAGGACAAGCAAGGCAUCCCAUGGUGGCUUGGGAUCAGCUACAAAGGAAUUGGACAGUAUGAUUUGCAGGAUAAAUUGAAACCACGGAAGCUGUACCAGUGGAAGCAACUGGAGAACUUGUAUUUUCGGGAGAAGAAAUUUGCUGUUGAGGUGAAUGACCCUCACAGGCGGGCAGUGACGAAGCGUACAUUCGGCCAGACUGGCUUAGUCAUCCACACAUGGUACGCCAGCCACUCAUUGAUCAAAACCAUCUGGGUCAUGGCCAUCAGUCAGCAUCAGUUUUACUUGGACAGAAAGCAAAGCAAGGGUAAAAUAAGUGCAGCGAAAAGUUUGGGUGAUAUCGCCAUGGAUUUAACAGAACAUGGAGGAGGAACCAAGAUAACCAGACUGGGAGAUAACCUAAAGCACAACCUUAUUAUGGCUAGCACUGGCAGCCUGGCGUCAACAGGGUCUGCAGAUUCAGCAGUGGACGAGGAGCAGAAAAAGGAGAAGAUCUCUGAGCUAAAGAAGAAGGAACAAGAGAUCCAAGAUGUCUUGACCCAGAAAACAAAGGAGCUGAAGAAAAUCUGCUUGAGAGAGGCGGAGCUCACGGGCAAACUGCCCAAAGAGUAUCCCCUGUCUGCAGGCGAGAGACCUCCUCAGGUCAGACGGCGAGUUGGCACAGCCUUCAAACUGGAUGACCUCUUCCCAUACAACGAGGACCCUUAUCUGAGGAACCUGGAGAGCAGGUUUGCUCUGCAGCGGAAGAUCGUGGAAGCAGCUAAGAAACUGGCCUCGGAGGCAGAGAUCUGUAAGACGGUGAAGAGGAAGAGGAGGAGGAACUGUCAGGACGCCAUGAGGAAACUGCAGCAGGUCGAGGAUGAGAUGAACAAGUACAGAAUCAAGAAAGGCAAGAAGCCUACCCAAAGAGCCUCUGUGAUUAUCGCAGAUGAGCUUCUCCGUUCAGAGACGAGCUCACUGUCAGACAGUCAGAUUCUGGAUGAUGAUGACUCGGAUGGUGCUCUGAGGCCCCGGUCACGGUCGGUCCAGUGCUCCCCUCAGGUCAGCCCUGCACGUUCCCUGGAUCACCACCACAACAAGAGUCUCAGCAGGUUAGCAGCGUUUGACAGCCAGGAUGCUUCACAUCAUUUUCACCCCACAGAGGUGUCAUCUGCACACAGCAGCCCCGCCAUAACGUUACCCAGAUCUCCACGUGACCCACGCAGCAUGCCCUCCACCCCCGUUAUGACCCGCAACGCCUACAGCAGCAGCCAUCUCAGGUCGGAUGGGAACUCCCAGUCCUUCAGGCACCGCAGUGGCAGUCUGGAGUCCCAGCAACGGAUACUAAAGGAUACCGACUCAGAGAAGCCAGUCUUCACCCUGUCCCCUGCCCGCAGGAGCAACAGCACAGAGGCCCUGGAGGACUGCUCCUCCUUCACCAGUCAGUCCAGCCUGGACUACCCAGGCAACCCCCACUACUGCACCUUGGACUCUCGAACCCGCAACCAUCAGCUGCACAGGAGGGUGGAGGUCUAUGGAAACACAGGCAGUAUGCCUAAUCUGGUCCAGAAUCAUAUUGGCUGUAGUUAUUUGUAUGAGCCCCCAGCGCACUAUGCACCGACUGCUUACUACGUGGCAGGUUACCCCUGUCCAGACAUGGAGCCCUACUCCAACGGUGCUUACGUGUAUGAGAACGAGAUGGAGGGCCACUACAAUGUCAACCCUUCCUACCAAGUCCACAAUUAUCACAGACACGAGCGCUACAGGACCUAUAGUAGUGAUCGAGCGGACAGCCUUGCUCAGAACCCAUACGCCACCAUGAGAUUGCCCCGGACCAGACAGGGGCCCCGCAAUGAGCCCUUGCAGAAGAACAUGCAGAAGGCUCUGGUGGCUGAGCACCUGAGAGGCUGGUACCACCGCAGCGGUGGCCACAGAGAGGCAGGCAGGGGUCUGGCUGGGUAUGACUAUGACAACGGCUCUCAGCUCAGCCUGGGAUACCAGACCAUGCCAGCCCCCUUCAGCCACUCCAGCCGAACCACCUCCUACUCCUCAGUUUCCUCAUCAACCAGCACAGGAAACUGGCGCAGCCAGUUGGCUGUGGGUGUAACAGACUAUGAGAACAUGACAGAGUCACCACAGCACCCUCACCCAGGAGCCCAUGGCAAUUACAACCGCAGUCCCACCCAUACCAGAUUUCCCACAGAAUGCAAUGUGUUGAAGAGGUCUGAUACAAUGCCAGUGGAGUCAGUAGAGGUGUUUGGUGCUGUGGCCAAUAGCACUGAGGAAGACCAUUAGGCAACUAUUCAAACACAGAAGGAAGAGUAUACAUGGAUGGAAAUUAUAUGGGCAUGCACUGAAGAUAAGAGGACCAAAAGAAUCACUGGCACAAUGACCCCAACAUUGGAAGCACGGUUCUCUGGAAGGAUACCAACUAACCUCUAGACAUGCUGCAUUAUGACACUCUUGAAUGACUCUCCCAUGUGCCUUGGAUUAGAUGGAGAUGGAUAUUAUUCAGGAAGACAUGGGAUGUGGUGAUGGCACAAAUGCAAGGUUUUGGUGAUCUGGGAAACCAGCUUCAUCAUUGUGAAUAUUGUGAAGGAUCUACAAACAGCAUUUCAAACCCCGGGAUACCUUUGACCCAAAUAUAUUACCCUCUUGUAUUAUGACAAAAAUAAGUCUUUAAAAAAAAGUUAUCAUUGUCUUUAUGAUAAUCAGUCAACUGUGUGUUGGGAGUGUAUGGAUAAGGAGUUAAAGCAGGAUACCUCCAAAGUGUUGUGCCAUACAGUACACACAGAGCACUAUUUAGUGAGCUACUCAUUAUACAUGUUGUAAAUCAACUUGAAUAUCUUUGUAAAAUAUUUAGGUAUACAUUUUGGAGUUACUAUUCACAAAGUGUGAUAACAAAAGAAUAAACCAACCCUUCCUGACUGCGGUUUGUCAGUCAAUGGACUGAUGCGCUCUCUCCUCUCCCAAGUAUGAAUCUGAAUGUACAUGUUGAUAUUGUUUAAAGAUGAUUCAUGUUUUCCUUUUUGUGAUCGUGUUAAUGUGGUGUAUAUUGCUUGCAUGUGAACAGAAACUUUUGAUAAGCAGCUUUUUUGUAUAUUGUAAAAAGAUAUGCCUUAAAAUAAUGUUUCUUUAUUGUUUCUCUUUAUUGUCUUUCUCUACACAUUUGUACAUUGUCCACAUAUUGUUAGGCUUUGUCAUCUCCUACUCUAAGUGAAAUAUUUCCCAUUUGGAUUUGGGACAUCAAUAAAAAAAAAAACGUGUGAGACACA